GAGGGAGGGGGAACCGGGGAGCCAGGCAGAUGUAUGCACACGUCAGGGGUGUGAUGGGGAGUCAACCUGCAUAUUCAUGAGAACCUGGGAAGGGCCUGGGAGGCGCCAGAGUUAACCCUAGUCUCCAUAGACCUCAGCCUAUGCCCAAUUGCUACAUGUGGGGGUCUGCUCUGGUGGGCGGGUUGGCCUAUGCAGAUGUAUGCAGAUGUCAGGGGGGUCCUGGGGAGUCACCCUGCAUAUUCGUGAGCCCCUGGGAGGAUCCAGGUUUCCCUUGACCAAUCAGAAAGCCCUGUCCUAGCCUGCCAGCCACCCAGGCCUCGGCUGUGAUGGUCACCCUAGCACCGGUCCUGAUCAUAAAACUGACCCUGACCCUAGGACUGCCCCUAGCCCUAGCCACUCCUCAACCACUAGCACCUCCACACCCCUAGCUCCUCCCCAACUGUAGCCACGCCCCAACCCUAGCAUCCCUGUAACCUUAGCCUGGCUGUAACCCUAAGGCACUGGUAACCUUAAGAGGCAGACCCCCAGAGGGCAUGGCUAGUGCUGUGGGAGUGGCUGGGGUUGGAGUUGCCAGGGGAGGGUGGGGAUAGGGGUGGGGCGUUGCUAGGGGUCGGAGUGCUUAGGGUUCCAGCCAGGCUAGUACUCUGACCAGGCUAGGGUUCCCGCCAGGCUAGAGCUGGGGGAGUGGCUAGACGGGGCCCGUUGCCAUGGGAGAGCAGUGAUAGAGGUGGGGUGUAGCUAGGGGAGGGCGUGCUAGGAUUACAGCCAACCUAGUGUUCCAGCCACCCUGGGGUUCCUCCAAAGAUAGUGUUUCUGCUGGGGCUUGGGCUGUGGGCGUGGCUAGGGGCGGUCCGUCGCUAGGGGAGGGUGGGACAUGUGCAUACAUCUGCAUAGACCAGAUGUGAGCAGUGAACGUCCACACUCUUCCUGUGUCCACUCACUGGCUGGACAAUACAGAUGUGAGCGGUAAACCUCUAGUGUCCACUCACUGACUGGAGAUUACAGAUGUGAGCAGUAAACUUCCAGACGAUUCCAGUGUCCACUCACUGUCUUGACAGACAUUACAGAUGUGAGCAGUUAACUUCCAGACCCUUCCAGUGUCCACUCAUUGGCUGGAUACACAUUACAGAUGUGAGCAGUGAACAUCCUGACUCCUCCAGUGUCCACUCACUGGAUGGACAGGCAUUACAUUUAUUAGCAGUGAAUCUCCAGACUCCUCCAGUGUCCACUCACUGGCUAGACACCCAUUACAGAUGUGAGCAGUGAACCUCCAGACUCUUCUGUUCCACAAAACAGCUGGAUAUAACACACGUGAGCAGUGAACAUCCAGACUCCUCCAGUGUCCACUCAUUGGAUGGACAGACAUUACCGAUGUGAGCAGUGAGCAUCCAGAUGCCUCCAGUUUCCAUUGACUGGCUGGACAGACAUUACAGGUGUGAGCAAUGAAACUCUAGAGUCUCCUGCGUCCACAAUUCAGCUGGAGAGUACACAGUGUUCACUCACUGGCUGGAUAUUACAUAUCUGAAUCAGUGAACCUCCAGACUCCUUUAGUGUCUACUCACUGGCAUGAAAGACAUUGCAGAUGUGAGCAGUGAACUUCCUGAACGAUCUACUGUCCACUCAUGAGCUGAACAGACAUUAGAAUUGUGAGCAGGGACCUCAGGACUCCUACAGUGUCCACUCGCAAGCUGGACAUUACAGUAGUGAGCAGUGAACAUCCGGACGCCUCCAGUGUCAACUCACUGGCUGGACAUUACAGAUGUGAGCUGUGAACUUACAGAUUUCUCCAGUGUGCACUCACUGGCUGGACAUACAUUACAGAUGUCUGCAGCGAACCUCCAGCUCUCCAGUGUCCACAAUCGGCUGGACAGUACACAUGUGAACAGUGAACCUCCAGUGUUCACUCAGUGGCUGGACAUUACAGAUGUGAGCAAUGAACCUCCAGAUUCCUCCAAUGUUCAUUCACUGGGUAGAGAGACAAUGCAGAUGUGAGCAGUGAACCUCCAGACUAAUCUGUCCACUCCCGGGCUGAACAGACAUUACAAAUGUGAGCAGUGACCUCAAGACUCCUCCAGUGUCCACUCACAAGCUGGACAUUACAGAAGUGAGCAGUGAAUAUCUGGAAUCCACCAGUGUCCACUCACUUAAUGGACAGACAUUACAGAGGUGAGCAAUGAACCUACAGUCUCUCCUUUGUCCACAAUCUGGCUGGACAGUACACAUAUUAGCAGUGAACCUCCAGCUUUCACUCACUGGCUGGACAUUAGAGUUCUGAGCAUUGAACUCCAGAUUCCUCCAGUGUAUAUUCGCUGGAUGCACAGACAUUACAGAUGUGAGCAGUGAACCUCCAGACUGCUCCAAUGUCCAUUCAGUGGCUGGACAGACAUUGCAGAUUUGAGCAGUGAACCUCUAGACUCUCUGUGUCCACAAAUCGGCUGGAGAGCACACAUGUGAACAGUGAACCUCCAGUGUUCACUCACUGGCUGGACAUAACAUGUCAGAAUCAGUGAACUUCCAGACACCUCCAGUGACCACUCACUGGCUGGACAGACAUUACAGAUGUGAGCAGUGACCUCAGGACACAUCCAGUGUCCACUCAUAAGCUGGACAUUACAGAAGUGAGCAGUAAACAUCUGGACUCCUCCAGUGUCCACUCAGUGGAUGGAAAGACAUUGCAGAUGUUAGUAGUGAACCUCCAGACUCCUCCACUGUCCACUCCCUGGCUGGACAGACAUUACAUGUGUGAGCAGUGAACCUCCAGACUAAUCCACUGUCCACUCACUGGCUGGACAGACAUUACAGAUGUGAGUAGUGACCUCAGGACUCUUCCAGUUUCGACUUGCAACUAGCACAUUACAGAUGUGAGCAGUGAACCUUCAGACGCCUCCAGUAUCCACUCAUACCCUGGACAGACAUUAGGGAUGUGAGCAGAGACCUACAGACUCCUCUAGUGUCCACGCACAGCCAAGGCAUUACAGAUGUGAGCAAUGAACGUCCAGACUCCUUCAUUGUCCAAUCACUGGCUGGGCAGACAUUACUGAUGGGAGAAGUGGAUCUCCAGACUCCUUUAGUGUCCACUCACUGGUAGGACACACAUUACAGAUGUGAGCAGUGAACCUCCAGACUCUUCCGUUCCACAAAACAGCUGAAAAUAACACAUGUGAGCAGUGAACCUCCAGUGUUCACUCACUGUGUGGACAUUACAGAAAUGAACAGUGAAGUUCCAGACUUUUUCAGUGUCCAUUGACUGGCUGGAAAGACAUUACAGAUGUGAGCAGUGAACAUCCAGACUCCUCCAGUGUCCACUCACUGACAGGACACACAUUAGAGAUGUGAGCAGUGAACCUCAUGACUCCUCCAGUGCCUACUCACUGGCUGAACAAAUAGUACAGAUGUGAGCAGUGAACCUUCUGACACUCCCGUGUGCACUCACUGGUUGGACAAACAUUACGGAUGUGAGCAGUGAAGCUCCAGACUCUCCUGUGUACAAAAAUCAGCUGCAGAGUACACAUGUGAGCAGUGAACCUCCAGUGUUCACUAACUGGCUAAACAUUACAGAAGUGAGCAGUGAAGCUACAGUCUCCUCUAGUGUCCACUCACUGGUUGGGCAUUAUAGACGUGAGCAAUGAACCUCCAGACUCUUCCACUGUCUAAUCAAUGGCAGAAAAGUCAUUGCAGAUGUGAGCAGUGAACCUCCAGAUAUAUCUACUGUCCCUUCACGGACUGAACAGACAUUACAAUUGUGAGCAGUGACCUCAGGACACCUCCAGUGUCCACUCACAAGCUGGACAUUACAGAAGUGAGCAGUGAACAUCCAGACUCCUCCAGUGUCCACUGAGUGGAUGGACAAACAUUGCAGAUGUUAGCAGUAAACCUCCAGAUUCCUCCACUGUCCACUCACUGGCUGGACAGACAUUACCGAUGUGAGCAGUGACCUCAGGACUCCUCUAGUGUCCACUCACAAACUGGACAUUACAGAUGUGAGAAGUGAACCUCCAGACUCCUCCAUUGUCCACUCAUUGGCUGGACAUUACAAAUGUGAGCAGUGAACCUCCAGUCUCCUCUAGUGUCCACUCACUGGAUGGAUAUUACAGAGGUAAGCAGUGAAACUCCAGAUGCCUCCAGUAUCCACUCACUCGCUCAACAGACAUUAGGGAUAUGAGCAGUGACCAACAGACUCCUCUAGUGUCCACUCACUGCAAGGGCAUUACAGAUGUGAACAAUGAACCACCAGAUUCCUUCAGUGUCCACUCACUGGCUGCACAGACAUUACAGGUGUUAGCAGUGAACCUCCUGAUUCCUCCAGUGUCCACUCACUGGCUGGACAGACAUUAGAGAUGUGAACAGUCAACCUCCAGACUCUUCCAGUGUCUACUCACUGGCAUGACAGAUAUUGCAGAUGUGAGCAGUGAACCUCCAGAAUAAUCUACUCUCCACUCACGGGCUGAACAGACAUUACAAAUGUGAGCAGGGACCUCAGGACUCCUCCAGUGUCCACUCGCAAGCUGGACAUUACAGAAGUGAGCAGUGAACAUCUGGACUCAUCCAGUGUCCACUCACUGGAUGGACAGACAUUACAGAUGUGAGCAGUGAACCUUAGAGUCUCCUGUGUCCACAAAUCGGCUGGAGAGUACACAUGUGAGCAGUGAACCUACAGUGUUCACCGACUGGCUGGACAUUACAGAUCUGAAUCAGUGAACAUCCAGACCCCUCCAGUGACCACUCACUGGCUGGACAGACAUUACAGAUGUGAGCAGUGACCUCAGGACAAAUCCAGUGUCCACUCAUAAGCUGGACAUUACAGAAGUGAGCAUUGAACAUCCGGACUCCUCCAGUGUCCACUCAGUGCAUGGAAAGACAUUGCAGAUGUUAGUAGUGAACCUCCAGACUCCUCCCCUGUCCACUCACUGGCUGGACAGACAUUACAGAUGUGAGCAGUAAACCUCCAGACUAAUCCACUGUCCACUCACUGGCUGGACAGACAUUAUGGGUGUGAUUAGUGACCUCAGGACUCCUCCAGUUUCCACUUGCAACCAGCACAUUACAGAUGUGAGCAGUGAACCUCCAGAUACCUCUAGUGUCCACUCACUGGCUGGAUAUUACAGCUGUGAGUAGUGAACCUCCAGAUACCUCCAGUAUCCACUCACUCGCUGGACAGACAUAAGAUAUGUGAGCAGUGACCUAUAGACUCCUCUAGUGUCCACUUACUGCCAGGACAUUACAGAUAUGAGCAAUGAACCCCCAGACUCCCCCAGUGUCCACUCACUGGCUGGACAGACAUUACUGAUGGGAGAAGUGAACCUCCUGAGUCCUUCAGUUUCCACUCACUGUCUAGACACACAUUACAGAUGUGAGCAGUGAACCUCCAGACUCAUCUGUUCCACAAAACAGCUGGACAUAACACAUGUGAGCAGUGAACCUCCAGUGUUCACUCACUGUGUGGACAUUACAGAUGUGAACAGUGAAGCUCCAGACUUCUUCAGUGUCCAUUGACUGGCUGGACAGACAUUACAGAUGUGAGCAGUGAACCUCCAGACUCCUCCAGUGUCUACUCACUGGCAGGACACACAUUAGAGAUGUGAGCAGUGAACCUCAUGACUCCUCCAGUGUCUACUCACUUGCUGAACAAAUAGUACAGAUUUAAGCAGUGAAUCUUCUGACCCUCCAGUGUGCACUCACUUGCUGGACAAACAUUACAGAUGUGAGCAGUGAAGCUUCAGACUCUCCUGUGUCCAUAAACCGGCUGGACAGUACACAUUUGAGCAGUGCACCUCCAGUGCUCACUAACUGGCUGGACAUUACAGAUAUGCACAGUGAAGCUCCAGACUCCUCCAGUGUCUACUCACUUGCUGGAUAUUACAGAGGUGAGCAGUGAACCUCCAGACGCCUCCAGUAUCCACUCACUUGCUGGACAGACAUUAGGGAUGUGAGGAGUGACCUACAGACUCCUCUAGUGUCCACUCACUGGCAGAAAUGUCAUUGCAGAUGUGAGCAGUGAACCUCCAGUUUAAUCUACUGUCUACUCACUGGCUGAACAGACCUUACAAAUGUGAGCAGUGACCUUAGGAUACCUUCAGUGUCCACUCACAAGCUGGACAUUACAGAAGGGAGCAGGGAAUAUCCGGACUCCUCCAGUGUCCACUCACUGGAUGGACAGGCAUUACAGUUGUUAGCAGUGAACAUCCAUACUCCUUCACUGUCCACUCACUGGCUGGACAGAAAUUACUGAUGUAAGAAGUGAACCUCCAGACUCCGUCAGUGUCCACUCACUGGCUGGACACACAUUACAGAUGUGAGCAGUGAACCUCCAGACUCUUCUGUUCCACACAACAGCUGGACAUAACACAUGUGAGCAGUGAACCUCCAGUGUUCACUGUAGGGAUAAGUCCCACCCCUUAGGGGGCAUGUUCGCCUCAGGCUAAAGUUUUCCUAUAAAUUUGGCAAGCUUGCUCCCAGCGCUCGCUUCUGCUUUCCUGGUCUCCGCGGGAACGGUGGUUCUGUAAGUCUAUUCCUCCAUUAAAGCUGUCUAUAUUUUGACAAUCUGUCUGCAUUCGCUUACGCCAUUACAUUUUGGCAUCCAGCGUCGGGCUAUUUUGCACCUGACUCAAGCGUGUAGCCUGCUAGCUAACACAGCACGCUCCCGGGUGUCAUUUUCUUAGUUUGCGACUUGGGCCCCAGGGCUGAGUCCGAGAUACACUCGGCCUUCAGGCCCAUAAUAUCCAGAGAGGCAGGCGGAUCUCUGUGAGUUCAAGGCCGGCCAGGCGGUGGUGGCGCACGCCUUUAAUCCCAGCACUAGGGAGGCAGAGACAAGCGGAUCUCUGUGAGUUCGAGGCCAACCUGGUCUACAAGAGCUAGUUCCAAGACAGGCUCCAAAACCACAGAGACCACCACCGGCAGGAACCAGUCGUUGCAGGUAAGAGAAAAAAUUUUCUUUUAUAAUUAAAAUGUCUGAACACGUUACCAUUCAAGAAUUUAACAGUUUUUUUAAUUGUACCAUGUGGGAGAUUUUACAAGAGGUGUCUAUCACCCCACCUCUAUGGAUCUUUCUGGGAUUCGUAGUUUUCCUUGGCACUAUAUGGUUUGAUAAUAGAAAUAUGAUAAAGUCUUUACGAGCAGAGGUUGCACGCUUAAAAACAAUUGAGAAUGACAACAAUCUUCUCAAGAAUCAGUUUGAAGUUCUCCAGGAGGAGAACAGAUCUUUGUUUAACAUGACUCGAUCAACUGAGGAAAAUUUAAAAAAGGUACAGACUGAUAUUAAGGAGAAAUUCAUUACUAUGGAAGAGGGAACAGCUGAUUUGGAUCGUAAGCUCCAGUCCCUUUCUGUAGGAACUGAAACAUUACAGGCUGAUAUUAAGGAGAAAUUCAUUACUAUGGAAGAGGGAACAGCUGAUUUGGAUCGUAAGCUCCAGUCCCUUUCUGUAGGAACUGAAACAUUAGUGGCUGAUAUUAAGGAGAAACUCAUUACUAUGGAAGAGGGAACAGCUGAUUUGGGUUGUAAGCUUCAGUCCCUUUCUGUAGGAACUGAAAUAGUAACUGAGAGAAUCAAAACUGCUGAAUGUGACUAUCGGAUUUUGUCUAAAGCUUAUGACAGAUUGGCAGAAAGAUUGUCAAUACAAGAAGGCACGGUUUAUGCCAUAAAAAUUAUGUCCAAAGAUGAGAACUUAUCUCUAAUGGACAAACUUCAUACUUUAGAAUCCUCAAUGAAGGCUUUGGAACAUAAUUCUGGACAGGAGAUACAGACAUUGCAGAAGGCAAUGGUGAAUAGAAUUGAAAAGAUUGAGGAAUUUCUAAAUUCUGAUGAAGAAGAACAAACGGUAGAAAGGCAAAUUUUAACUACAUCUGUGGGUAAAUCCCUCCGGGACAAUUUCCACAAAUCUCUACCUACAGCUCUACCUGCCUUUCCAGUAAUAACAACAGAGAAGGUGAUUGGUUCCAGAAACCCUAGGGUCAUUAAGGAAGAUACAUGGGAGCAUGUCCGUAUGAAUGAUCUCAAAGAAAUUAAACAGGCUGUCAUGACUUUCGGGAUGCAUUCCUCUUUUGUUAAAGAGAUGCUAAAGUCUUGGGCAUCCACAAGCAGAGCUACGCCAUUGGACUGGCUCCAGCUGAGCUCUGCAGUCCUUGAGAGUGGGCCGCACUUAAAAUGGAAAUGCUUGUUCAGGCAAGAGGCUAGACUUUUAGAACAGCAAGAAAAGGCGAAGGGAAGUGACAUCUCCCUAGAUAAAAUUCUAGGUGAAGGACGCUUUUCUGACCCUCAGGAACAAGCUAAUUUGGACGAAAACACACUCUCCAUAUGCACUACAGCAGCCUUAAGGGCUUGGGACAGGGUACAAGACCCAGGACAGAGAAUGGAAUCAUUUGUCACAAUUAAACAAGGUCUGAGAGAACCUUUUAGUGAUUUUUUACAAAGACUUACUAAGGCUGUGCAAAUAGGGAUACCUGACCCUGACGCAAGACGUAUAAUGAUUGAGUCUUUGGCUUAUGAAAAUGCAAAUGUGGAAUGCAAAAAGAUUUUGGGGCCUUUAAGGUUCAGAUCAGCACCCUUGGAAGAAUGGGUCUUGCAUACACUGGAUGUUGAUACAUUUGAUUAUGGCACUGAAGCAUGGGUAGAAGAAGCAAUUUCCAAUGGUAAAAGGAGACACCAGAAUACCAAAUGUUUUAAUUGUGGCAAAAUGGGUCAUAUGAAAAGGAAUUGUAAACAACGGAUCUUCAGAAAUAAUAAUAAUGCAUCUUCUAGAAAUAACAGAAAUAGGAGGACUCAGCCUUCAGGUUUAUGUAGAAGAUGUGGAAAAGGUAGACAUUGGACGAAUGAAUGCAGGUCUACAAGAGAUAGACAAGGCAACCUGAUACAGACGGGAAACGUGAGAGGGGGGGCCUCACAGGCCCCCAUGGCAAACAUGGUUCAGUCAUUUCCAGUUUCUGCAGAGAACGUGCCUCGUCAGGACAAUUAGGAAACCUCAUGCCUACUGUUACAAACGAUAAUGAGC